AUGAGUGUUGUCGGAAUAGAUUUCGGUGCCCAGAGCACCAAGAUUGGUGUUGCCCGCAACAAGGGUAUCGAUAUUAUUACCAAUGAGGUUUCGAACAGACAGACUCCUUCCCUUGUCGGGUUCAAUGCCCGCAGCCGAGCCCUCGGUGAGGCCGCGAAGACGCAAGAGACUUCCAACCUCAAGAACACGGUCGGCAACAUCAAGCGGUUGAUUGGCCGCUCCUUCAGCGACCCCGAAGUUCAGCUCGAGCAGGAGUACAACACCGCUACCAUCUGUGACGUCAAUGGCCAGGCCGGUGUUGAGGUGAACUACCUUGGAAAGAAGGAGAAGUUCUCCGCCACUCAGCUCGUGGCUAUGUACCUGACCAAGAUCCGCGACACCGCCGCCAAGGAGCUGAAGCUCCCUGUCUCCGAUGUCACCAUCAGUGUGCCCGCUUGGUUCACUGAUGUCCAGCGCCGGGCCAUGCUCGAUGCCGCUGAGAUCGCCGGUCUCAAGGCCCUGCGCCUGGUGAACGACACGACGGCUACCGCCCUCGGAUACGGUAUCACCAAGCUGGACCUGCCCGGCCCCGAGGAGAAGCCCCGCCGGGUCAUGUUCAUCGACAUCGGUCACAGUGACUACACCGCUUCGAUCGUCGAGUUCCGCAAGGGUGAACUCAACGUCAAGUCGACCGCCUAUGACCGUCACUUCGGUGGUCGUAACUUCGAUCGCGCUCUGACUGAGCACUUCGCCGACGAGUUCAAGGAGAAGUUCAAGAUCGACGUCCGCACUCACCCCAAGGCCUGGUCCCGUACCCUCGCCACCGCCGAGAAGAUGAAGAAGGUCCUGUCGGCCAACCCCGCUGCUCCUAUGAGCAUCGAGUCCCUGAUGGAGGACGUUGACGUCCGUGCCAUCGUCAAGCGUGAGGAGCUGGAGGUCAUGAUCAAGCCCCUCCUCGACCGGGCCACGGCCCCUAUUGAGGAGGCCCUCGCCGAAGCCAAGCUCAAGGCCGAGGACAUCGACCACAUCGAGAUGGUCGGUGGCUGCACUCGUGUCCCUGCCAUCAAGGAUGCCAUUGCCAAGUUCUUCGGCAAGAACCUGUCCUUCACGCUCAACCAGGACGAGGCCAUCGCCCGUGGUUGCGCCUUCAGCUGCGCCAUCCUCUCCCCCGUUUUCCGUGUUCGUGACUUCUCCGUGCACGACAUUGUGAACUACCCCAUCGAGUUCACCUGGGAGCAGUCGGCAGACAUCCCCGACGAGGACACCAGCCUGACUGUCUUCAACCGUGGCAACGUCAUGCCUUCCACCAAGAUCCUCACCUUCUACCGUAAGCAGCCCUUCGACCUCGAGGCUCGCUACGCCAAGCCCGAGAUGCUGCCCGGCAAGAUCAACCCUUGGGUUGGCCGUUUCUCCGUCAAGGGCGUCAAGGCCGAUGCCAACGAUGACUUCAUGAUCUGCAAGCUCAAGGCCAGGCUCAACCUGCACGGUAUCCUGAACGUCGAGUCCGGAUACUAUGUCGAGGAUAUGGAGGUUGAGGAGCCCGUCCCCGAGGAGGGCAAGGGUGAUGCUAUGGACACCGAUGCUACCAACGGCGACGAGCAACCCAAGAAGACCCGCAAGGUCAAGAAGCAGGUUCGCAAGGGCGACCUGCCCAUCUCCACCGGCAGCCCCUCCAUUGACGACACCGUCAAGGAGGCCUGGACUGAGCGUGAGAACUCCAUGUACAUGGAGGACAAGCUGAUCGCCGAGACGGACGAGAAGAAGAACGAGCUCGAGGCCAGCAUCUAUGAGCUGCGCGACAAGCUCGACGGAGUGUACUCUGAGUUCGCCAGCGAGGAGGAGAAGGACAAGCUGCGCUCUAAGCUCACCGACCUCGAGGACUGGCUGUAUGAGGAGGGUGAAGACACCACCAAGUCCGUGUACGUGGCCAAGCUCGAUGAGAUCCGCUUCAUCGCGGGCCCCAUCAUCCAGCGUUACAGGGAGAAGGCCGAUGCUGAGCGCCAGGCCGUCCUGAAGGCUCAGGAGGAGGCCGCUGCCAAGAAGCGCGCUGAGCAGGAGGCCCAGCGCAAGGCCGAGGAAGAGGCUAAGAAGGCCGAGGAGGCCUCGAAGCCCGAGGGUGACGCCGACAUGAAGGAUGCUCCCGCUAGCGGUGAUGCCACUCCCUCUGGUGAGACCGAGGAGAAGCAGUAA